AUGGCCGACAGGAAAGAGGGACACGCGGGCGGUCUGGAUUGCAGCAGUCGAGCGAGAAGAGGCGACGAGAGCAGCAGCAGCGACAGCAGCAGUAGCUAUGGAAGCAGCCAUGGCAGUCUCGCCGUUGCAGACGCCGCUGUCGCCGCCGCCGCCGCCGAUGCCGAAUCCGCAGCCGCCGAAUUCGCCGCCACAGUCAUCACCAGCGCCGCUGGUUCUGAAACCGACGCGCUUCUGUCUUUCGGCGCGUCAUCCAGCGAUCCGUCAACUCCUCGCGACGAUUUUUCAUCAACUCCAGGCGAAUCACCCUCUCCGUCCCCGCCCUCGCCGCAGUUCGCGGUGAGCGACGCGGCGCAGCCGUGGUCUAGGACAGGUGGCGCAAUGGCAUUGGACGCCGCGAGGCUGAUUCAGCAGGUCGGGAUGCAGCAGCUCAUGCGCCGCCGGCAGUCGCCUCGUCGAGCCUCAGCUCCGGAACAGCUGCCCGAUCCGCAACCUAGCACGUGGGCAUAUUCCCGCCCCGUGGUCAUUCUCGACGCGUUUUGGAACCUCGCCUUCGUUGUAGUCACGGCCAUCACGCUCUUUAUAAGCCAGGCGCGCAACGAGCGCCCGCCCGCACCGCUGUCCAUCUGCCUCGCACGGCGCAUAGAGUCAGCCAACACAAUGUUCUCCUUCGCCUGGUGGCUCGUCGGCUUCACGUGGAUUCUCUCCACCAUCGACGAUUCCUUCAAAGACGCGCCCAUCCUCUCCUGGGCAACCACGGCCUUCCUGGCGUUUGACGUGUUCUUUGUCGUCUUCUGUGUGGCUGUGGCGUGUGUUGUGGGCAUGGCCGUGUGCUGCUGCCUGCCCUGCAUCAUCGCUCUCAUCUAUGCAGUCGCAGACCAGGAAGGAGCUACUCGGGAGCAGAUCGAGGCACUGCCCAAGCAGAGGCAUGUGGAGGCGGAGGAUGCGGAGUGCUGUGUGUGCCUUGUGAGGUAUGAGGAUGGGUGUGUGUUACGGGAGUUGCCAUGCUCGCACCACUUCCACGCGGCGUGCAUCGAUAAGUGGCUCAAGUCGCACCCGACAUGCCCGCUAUGCAAGCGUGAUGUUACUAAGGGUGUGGGCAAGUCAGCAUCACCGAACACGCCGCCAAGUUCAUUCUCUGCUGGAGGAUCGAUCGAAGAGACGUUUGAAAGCACUCCAGCGCCAAGUGGGGGGCCAUAA